AAAACAAGAGUGGAGAUUGACAUAGAGCAGAAACACUGGGUUCCAGUAAAAGUGAUGAAGAUGAUGUGCAGAGUGAGGGAGGCGGGGCAUCUGAGUCCAACAGAGACCGAGAGAAAAAUGAGGCGAGGUAAGAGGUCAUUUGGUUAUAUGACUCAGAUUUGUUCAGGAAGCUGCCAGAGCUGCAGCUCUCUGAAGAUGGAGGAGCUCUGCUUUCCACAACUGCUCAACACCUCCUGCAGAAAGCCCACCUCUCCUUGGGCCAACUUUGUGCUCCUUAACAUUGUGCUGUACUUUAUCUCUCUGCUCACUGUGGCUCUUAACCUCCUUGUCAUCAUCUCAGUCUCCCACUUCAGGCAGCUCCACACACCCACCAACAUCCUCCUCCUUGCUCUGGCUGUCUCAGACUUUCUCGUGGGCCUCCUGGCGCUACCAGGAGAAGUCUUCCGGAAAACAUACUGCUGGUUUCUUGGUGACCUCAUGUGUUUGCUCUAUUUUUAUGUGUCCGUCAUCAUUACGUCUUCUUCGAUAGGAAACAUGGUGCUCAUAUCAGUCGACCGCUAUGUGGCUAUUUGUGACCCUCUGCAUUACACCACCAGAGUCACUGUGAAAAGAGUUAAACUCUGUGUGUGUCUGUGUUGGCUCUGUGUUGUUUCUUAUACCAGUCUCUUGUUAAAGGAUGACCUGACUCAACCAGGCAGGUAUAAUUCCUGCCAUGGAGAGUGUGUGAUUGUCAUUAACCACACUGCAGGAGUUGUUGACCUUGUUGUAACCUUUAUUGUUCCCAUUUCUGUCAUUGUCGUUCUGUACAUGAGAGUAUUUGUUGUGGCUGUGUCUCAGGCUCGUGCCAUGCGCUCUCACAUCACAGCUGUCACUCUCCAGCUUUCAGUGAAUCAACAAACAAAGAAAUCUGAGCUGAAAGCAGCCAGGACUCUUGGUGUUCUUGUAGUUGUGUUUCUAAUAUGUUUCUGCCCAUUUUACUGUGUCGCUCUUGCAGGUGAUGCCUUGGUCAGUGCUUCAUCUGCAUCCUUUGUGCUUUAUUUCCUCUAUUUGAACUCAUGUCUAAACCCCUUGAUCUAUGCCUUGUUUUAUUCCUGGUUUAGAAAAGCAGUUAAACUCAUUGUCAGUCUUCAGAUUCUGCAGCCUGGCUCCUGUGAGACCAACAUACUGUAGAGAGGCUGUGGAGUGACUGAAAUGAGGCCUGCUCCACCAAGGUUUUGAAUUGAAAAUCACAAAAAUUUAAGUAAAAUCUCUCUAUACAGUAUAUAAGCAGUUUAUAAGAAAAUUGUGCAUUGCUC